AUGGCGAAUCUAAAGAAUAUGCUCAUUCGCUCGUGCGUCGUAGCAGUUACCCUGCUGACGGAGGGGAUGAAACAUAAACUGGGGCUCUCACUAAUCCUCUUUUUCAACGCCCCAGGAAUAAGGGCAAACGAUUGGUUCCAUGACUGGAAGAAUGACCUGUUGGGGGAAAAGGAGAAGAACUUCCUGAAAGGAAUUGAAGAGAAUUGGCCGCUAGGAUGGGGGAAGGAUUUGUUAAACGGCCUUGAAAACACCUUCCAAAAUAGCUUCCAUGACAGCUGGCUAGGAGGAAUAAAAAAUGACCACAUGUUAAUGGAUUCGAUCAACGUCAUUCUCGAACAUGCACCCAUGAAGAAUAGACAAAUUAUAAGUCAACACAUUAACGAAUUACUAAGUGGAAGGUAUAAUGAAAUCAGCCCCAAAAAUCUCCUACAUAGAAUUUCAAAUAUUAUAAAAAAUGGAAAAUCCCAAACUUUAUGUGAUGAAAACAAGUCCUUUAUCAUCCUAGGAAUACCUCACUUAAUUUUUGGCUCCGAUUUAUUCAACGAUUUAAAAAUGGAAACUAUAAAUUUUUUAAUAAAAAAUAUUACCAAAAAUUUGAAUGUUUGCCAAUUACAAGUGCAAGGAGCUGACGUCUCUAAUAUAACUAAUGGUUGCCAAUCAGACAUGGACAAGCAAAUAAUUUUUGAUGAUAAAAAACCAGAUGGAGUGGUGGUACGUGCGAAAGGGCUGAACCUAUCCCCCAGUAAUCAAUUCUUUAGCAGUCUUCUACAAUGCUCUGUUGAUAAUUUAGGGUCAGGGGAAAAAACCAUGAUCUGUGUGCAGGAACAGCUAGCCAAACAGAACUUAAAACUUUCGGAUACUUGUUCUACUUGCUUUAAAGAAUCCGUUGAUUGUGGAAAGUCCAACUGCUGGCUGCCUUGUCUAUUUGGCAACCCAUGCGCUGACAGGUGUUACCAGUGUGCCACCGACAGCUGCAACAAGGACCUCAUUCGAUGCAGUGGCUUGGAUAACCUCCCUGGCGCAUGCUCUUGA